AUGAAUGCAUCAUCUAUUUGCACUGAAAUUAUUGGACAGAGAGAUCCUCUCGCUCGCUGUCGCCACUAUAUUAGCAAAACGAACAUCAGUACUAUGUCCUUCCUUGUUUUUACUGAGAUGCACAUUAGCCAGAAGAUGCGUACGGCGGAGGACCUUGGCUUGGCCGGGGUCUGUAUCCGGCGUAUUUUACCUCCGAGAAGCGUGGGGGAAAGUUUCCCUGCGUUAACGCUAUUCCCAACAGUUGACCACAACUGCUGUAAGUGA